GAUUGGACUGAAGUAAAAAACGUGUCUUCGCCCAUGGCUGCGGGGUUGGUUAGUUGGCAUCCCCUACUCCAUCUCUCUCGUAGCCCAGUGGAUGUACGGCUGGCCUAACAAGCCUGGCUAUAAAAAGUACAUUGAGGCGCUGAAGCCGAGGUAACAUAACGUUUCCAGUUCUAAUCUUAUCUAGGCUGAUAUAUUGUGUGCGUUUCCAAAUGCCAUAGAAUUUUCUAUGUAGUGCACUACUCUCCCAAAUGGCACCCUGCCCUGGGGCGGUAGGUAGCUUAGUGGGUAAGAGCGUUGUGCCAGUAACCGAAAGGUCGCUGGUUCUAAUCCCCGAGCCGACUAGGUGAAAAAUCUGUCGAUGUGCCCUUGAGCAAGGCACUUAACCCUAAUUGCUCCUGUAAGUCGCUCUGGAUAAGAGCGUCUGCUAAAUGACUAAAAUGUACUAUUUCCUACAGGCCCUGUGUCAAAAGUAGUGCACUACAGUGGGGAAAAAAAGUAUUUAGUCAGCCACCAAUUGUGCAAGUUCUCCCACUUAAAAAGAUGAGAGAGGCCUGUAAUUUUCAUAAUAGGUACACGUCAACUAUGACAGACAAAAUGAGGGAAAAAAAUCCAGAAAAUCACAUUGUAGGAUUUUUAAUGAAUUUAUUUGCAAAUUAUGGUGGAAAAUAAGUAUUUGGUCACCUACAAACAAGCAAGAUUUCUGGCUCUCACAGACCUGUAACUUCUUCUUUAAGAGGCUCCUCUGUCCUCCACUCGUUACCUGUAUUAAUGGCACCUGUUUGAACUUGUUAUCAGUAUAAAAAAGACACCUGUCCACAACCUCAAACAGUCACACUCCAAACUCCACUAUGGCCAAGACCAAAGAGCUGUCAAAGGACAACAGAAACAAAAUUGUAGACCUGCACCAGGCUGGGAAGACUGAAUCUGCAAUAGGUAAGCAGCUUGGUUUAAAGAAAUCAACUGUGGGAGCAAUUAUUAGGAAAUGGAAGACAUACAAGACCACUGAUAAUCUCCCUCGAUCUGGGGCUCCACGCAAGAUCUCACCCCGUGGGGUCAAAAUGAUCACAAGAACGGUGAGCAAAAAUCCCAGAACCACACGGGGGGACCUAGUGAAUGACCUGCAGAGAGCUGGGACCAAAGUAACAAAGCCUACCAUCAGUAACACACUACGCCGCCCGGGACUCAAAUCCUGCAGUGCCAGACGUAUCCCCCUGCUUAAGCCAGUACAUGUCCAGGCCCGUCUGAAGUUUGCUAGAGUGCAUUUGGAUGAUCCAGAAGAGGAUUGGGAGAAUGUCAUAUGGUCAGAUGAAACCAAAAUAUAACUUUUUGGUAAAAACUCAACUCGUCGUGUUUGGAGGACAAAGAAUGCUGAGUUGCAUCCAAAGAACACCAUACCUACUGUGAAGCAUGGGGGUGGAAACAUCAUGCUUUGGGGCUGUUUUUCUGCAAAGGGACCAGGACGACUGAUCCGUGUAAAGGAAAGAAUGAAUGGGGCCAUGUAUCGUGAGAUUUUGAGUGAAAACCUCCUUCCAUCAGCAAGGGCAUUGAAGAUGAACCGUGGCUGGGUCUUUCACCAUGACAAUGAUCCCAAACACACCGCCCGGGCAACGAAGGAGUGGCUUCUUAAGAAGCAUUUCAAGGUCCUGGAGUGGCCUAGCCAGUCUCCAGAUCUCAACCCCAUAGAAAAUCUUUGGAGGGAGUUGAAAGUCUGUGUUGCCCAGCGACCAGCCCCAAAACAUCACUGCUCUAGAGGAGAUCUGCAUGGAGGAAUGGGCCAAAAUACCAGCAACAGUGUGUGAAAACCUUGUGAAGACUUACAGAAAACGUUUGACCUGUGUCAUUGCCAACAAAGUGUGUAUAACAAAGUAUUGAGAAACUUUUGUUAUUGACCAAAUACUUAUUUUCCACCAUAAUUUGCAAAUAAAUUCAUUAAAAAUCCUACAAUGUGAUUUCUGGAUUUUUUUUCCUCAUUUUGUCUGUCAUAGUUGACGUGUACCUAUGUUGAAAAUUACAGGCCUCUCAUCUUUUACGUGGGAGAACUUGCACAAUUGGUGGCUGACUAAAUACUUUUUUCCCCCACUGUAUCUAGGGAAUAUGGUCUAAAGUAGAGUAGUGACUAUAUAGGGGAUAGGGUGCCAUUUCUCUAGGUCUAAAGUAUGUGCACUAUUAGGGAAUAGGUGCCUUAUGUGGUCUAGGGUGCACUCUAUAGGAAUGAGGUGUUGCCAUUUCUCUGGGUCUAAAGUAGUGCACUAUAAGGGAAUAGGGGGGUGCCAUUCUCUGGGCUAGAGUAGUGCACUAUAUAGGGAAAAAUAGGGUGCCAUUAUCUGGUCUAAAGUAGUGCACUAUAUAGGGACUGGGUGCCAUUCUAUGGUCUAAAGUAGUGCCAACUAUAAGGGAAUAGGUGACCUCUCUCGAGCUAUAAAGUAGUGCACAUUAUAGAGGGAAUAGGGAGCAUUUCUAUGGUCUUUAAGAUGCACUAUUAUGGAAUAGGGGCCAUUCUCUGGUCUGAAAGUAGUGCAUAUAUAGGGAAUAGGGUGCCGUCUCUGGCCUAAAGUAGUGCACUAUAUAGGGAAUAGGGUGCCAAUUCUCUGGUCUAAAGUCGUGCACUAUAUAGGGAAUAGGUUGCCAUUUCUCUUGGUCUAAAGUCUAGUGCACUAUAGAGGAAUAGCGUUGCAUUCUCGGUCUAUGUAGUGCCAUAUUAUAGGGAAUAGGUUUGCCAUUCUCUGGUCUAAAAAGUAGUGCACUAUAUAGGGAAUAGGGUGCCAUCUAUGCGUCUUCAUAAAGUAGUGACACUAUAUAGGGAAUAGGGUAGCCAUUCUCUGUUAUAAAGUAGUGCACUAUUAUAGGGAACUUCGGGUGCCAUCUAUGGUCUAAAGAGUGACUAUAUAGGGAUAGGGGGGCCAUUCUCUGGUCUAAAGUAGUGGCAUAUUAUAGGGAACGGGUGCCAUUCUCUGGUAUAAAGUAGUGCACUAUAUAGGGAAUAGGGGGUUGCAUUCCUCUGGUUCUAAAUAUUGCCACUAUAUAGGGAAUAGGGGUGCCAUUCUGGGUCUAUAUAUGCCACUAUAUAGGGAAUAGGUGCCAUUAUCUGCGUCAAAGUAGUGCACAUAUAGGGAAAGGGUGCCAUUCUCUGGUCUAAAGAGUGCACUAUAUAGGAAUGGGUGCCAUCUCUGGUCUAUAGUAGUCACUAUUAUAGGGAAUAGGGUGCCAUUCUCUGGUCUAAAGUAGUGCACUAUAUAGGGAAUAGGGUGGUGCCAUUUCUGGAUCUAAAGAGUGAACUAUAUAGGGACUAGGGUGCCAUUCUCGGGUCUAAAGUCGGGCACUAUAUCGGGAAUAGGGUGCCAUUCUCGGUCUAAAAGUACGUGCAACUAUAUAGGGAAUCGGGUUUGCCAUUCUCUGGUCUAAGGUAGUGCCACUGAGCUAGGGAAGAGGGUGCCAUUCUUGCGUCUUCUAAAGUAGUAUUGAACUAUAUAGGGAAAUAGGGUUUUGCCAUUCUUGGUCUAAAGUAGUGGCAACUAUAUAGGGACUAGGGUGCCAUUUCUAUGGUCUAUAGUGUGCAACUUAUAGGAAUAGGGUUGCCAUUUCUGGUCUAAAGUAGUGCACUAUAUAGAGGAAGGGUGCCAUUCUCUGGUCUAACGUAGUGCAAGAUAUAGGAAAUAGGGUGCCAUUUCUAUGGUUAAAGUAGUGCACUAAUAGGGACAAUAGGGUGCCAUUCUCUGGUCGAAAGUAGCUGCACUAUAUAGGAAUAGUGCCAUUCUUUGGUAUUAAAGUAGUUGCAAUAGAUAGGCGGAAUGGGUGCCAUUCUUCUGUCUAAAGUAGUGCAAUAUUAUAUAGGGAAUAGGGUGCCAUUCUCUGGUCUAUAGUAGUGCACUAUAUAGGGAAAUGGGUGCCAUUCUUGGUAUAAGUAGUGCACUAUAAGGGAAUGGGUGCCCAUUUCUGGUCUAAAAGUAGUGCAUAUAUAGGAAAUAGGGUGCCAUGUCUUGGUCUAAGUAGUGCACUAUAUAGGGGAAUAGGGUGCCUUCUUGGUCUAAAGUAGGCACAUAUAGGGAAUAGGGUGCAUUUCUCUGACUAAAGGGUAGGGCACGAUAUAGGGAAUAGGGUUGCCAUUCUCUGGUCUAAAGUAGUGGCACUAUAUAGGGAAUAGGGUGCCAUUCUCUGGUCUAAAGUAGUGCACUAUAUAGGGAUAGGGUGCCAUUCUCUGGUCUAAAGUAGUGCACUAUAUAGGGAAUAGGGUGCCCAUUCUCUGGUUCAAAGUAUUGCACUAUAUAGGGAAUAGGGUGCCAUUCUCUGGUCUAAAGUAGUGCACUAUAUAGGGAAUAGGGUUGCCAUUCUCUGGUUAUAGUAGUGCACUAUAUAGGGAAUAGGGUGCCAUUCUCUGGUCUAAAGUAGUGCACUAUAUAGGGAAUAGGGUGCCAUUCUCUGGUCUAAAGUAGUGCACUAUAUAGGGAAUAGGGUGCCAUUCUCUGGUCUAAAGUAGUGCACUAUAUAGGGAAUAGGGUGCCAUUCUCUGGUCUAAAGUAGUGCACUAUAUAGGGAAUAGGGUGCCUUCUCUGGUCUAAAGUAGUGAACUAUUAGGGAAUAGGGUGCCAUCUCUCUGGUCUAAAGUAGUGCACUAUAUAGGGAAUAGGGUGCCAUUCUCUGGUCUAAAGUAGUGCACUAUAUAGGGAAUAGGGUGCCAUUCUCUGGUCUAAAGUAGUGCACUAUAUAGGGAAUAGGGUGACAUUUGGGACGCAGCCAUUGUUAUGAGGUUCUGAUAUGUAUAGUCUCCCAAGCCAUGAGUCUGGGAAGCGGGACUAAUAUUUAUUUCAAGGUUCUGAGAUGUACUCUUCUCACAAAACAUUGUGUGUGUGUGUGUUUGGGUGUGUGUGUGUGUGUGUGUGGGUGUAUGUUUGUGUGUGUGUGUGUGUGUGUGUGUGGUGUGUGGUGUGUGUGUGGUGUGUGUUGUGUGUGUGUGUGUGGGUGUGUGUGUGUGUGUGUGUGUGUGUGUGGGUGUGUGUAUGUUUUGGGGUUGUGUGUGUGUGUGUGUGUGUGGGUGUGUGUGUGUGUGUGUGUGUGUGUGUCCUCUCCCCAGGCGGAUAUACUGUCUGACUAAAGCUGUGCUGGAGAUGCUGAAGUACUUCCAGUACGGCAAACUCUACUUCCAGUGGAAGUCCUGGUACAAGAAUGUAGAAAACCACAAGCAUUAUGAAAAGGUAACGUAGAAAACCACAAGCAUUAUGAAAAGGUAACGUAGAAAACCACAAGCAUUAUGAAAAGGUAACGUAGAAAACCACAAGUAUUAUGAAAAGGUAACGUAGACAAAACCACACAUAUGAAAAGGUAAUGUAGAAAAACCACCAGCAUUAUUGAAAAGAACGUAGAAAACCACAGAUUAUGAAAAGGGACACCGUAGAAAAACCACAAGUAUAUGAAAAGGUUAAGUAGAUAAGAGAAAAGAAGAAACACCAGCUUAUGAAAAGGGUUAACGUAGAAAGAAAGAAAACACAGCAUUAUGGAAAAAGGUAACGUAGCGAAGAAGAAGAAUACCACUAAUUAUUAUGGAAAAAGGUAAUGUAGAAAACCACCAAAGCAUUAGGGAAAAGGUAACCGUAGAAAUAAAAACCAAGCUUUAUGAAAAGGAAUGUAGAACACCACAGCAUUAUGGAAAAGGUAAUGUAGAAAAAUCACCAGCAUAUGAAAAGUAACGUAGAGAAAACCACAGCAUUAUGAAAAGGUAACGUAGAAAACCACCAGCAUUAUGAAAACGUAACGUAGAAAACCACCAGCAUUAUGAAAACGUAAUGUAGAAAACCACCAGCAUUAUGAAAAGGUAACGUUAGAAAAUCAGGUAAGUUUGUCGACUAAUGUUUUAGUCACAAUCUUUGUUCUGAGGUUUUCCAAAAAUAUUUUCUCUAGGAAUAGUGGUAGAGAAUGAUUAUAGUAAUUUCUUUUCAGAUUAUGCAGAUUUAGCAUAGCUGACUGUGGUGACACUAAGAGAUGACUGUGGUGAUACUAAGAGAUGACUGUGGUGACACUAAGAGAUGACUGUGGUGAUAAUAAGAGAUGACUGUGGUGAUAAUAAGAGCUGCUGUGUGAUAAUAAGAGCUGACUGUGUGACACUAAGAGCUGACUGUGGUGAUAAAUACGAGCUGACUGUGGUGAAAUAAGAGCUGAACUGUGGUGAUAAGAAGAGUGACUGUGCGUGAUAAUAAAGAGUGACUGUGGUGUUGAUAAUAAGAGCGACUGUGGUGUGACACUAAGAGAUGACUGUGGUGAUAAUAAAGAGCUGGACUGUGGUACACUAAGAGCCUGAUGUGGUGACACUAAGAAGAUGACUGUGGUGAUAAUAAGAGAUGACUGUGGUGAUAAUAAGAGCUGACUGUGGUGACACUAAGAGCUGACUGUGGUGAUAAUAAGAGCUGACUGUGGUGAUAAUAAGAGCUGACUGUGGUGACACUAAGAGCUGACUGUGGUGAUAAUAAGAGCUGACUGUGGUGACACUAAGAGCUGACUGUGGUGAUAAUAAGAGCUGACUGUGGUGAUAAUAAGAGCUGACUGUGGUGAUAAUAAGAGCUGACUGUGGUGAUUAUUGUUUGGAAUAUUUUCUGAAACCAUGAUGUACCUCAUCAUAACUGAAAGCGUGAUGUACCUCAUCAUAACUGAAAGCGCGAUGUACGUCAUCAUAACUGAAAGCACGAUGUACCUCAUCAUAUCUGAAAGCACGAUGUACCUCAUCAUAACUGAAAGCACGAUGUACCUCAUCAUAACUGAAAGCACGAUGUACCUCAUCAUAACUGAAAGCACGAUGUACCUCAUCAUAACUGAAAGCGCGAUGUACCUCAUCAUAACUGAAAGCGCGAUGUACGUCAUCAUAACUGAAAGCACGAUGUACCUCAUCAUAACUGAAAGCACGAUGUACCUCAUCAUAACUGAAAGCACGAUGUACCUCAUCAUAACUGAAAGCGCGAUGUACCUCAUCAUAACUGAAAGCAUGAUGCACCUCAUCAUAACUGAAACCAUGAUGUACCUCAUCAUAACUGAAACCAUUAUGUACCUCAUCAUAACUGAAAGCAUUAUGUACCUCAUCAUAACUGAAACCAUGAUGUACCAUAACUCAGUGUUAAAGCUCACUGCUUAUUUUCUUCUUCUCCCUCCUCCUCCUCUCGUCUUUUCUAAAGGGCAUCACGUUUGGUCGUCGUAGCAACCAGCUGGACUUGUACUAUUCUCCCACGGUGGGCCAGCCAGGCAGCGGGCGGGUACCUGUGGUGGUGUUUAUAUACGGCGGGGCCUGGGGGUCAGGGGAGAGAGCCAUGUACUGCCUGUUGGCCAUGCAGACGGCCAAGGAGCUCAGCGCAACCGUGAUCUGCCCCGAUUAUUGCACCUAUCCAAAGGUAAGACUCCUCCGCUACCAUAAAUAAAUAAAGCUCAAAACUAAAAAUUCCAAAAGGACACAGUCACUGUCGUGUUCAGCGAGCUAGCGUACGCAUUGAAUUUGACUUUAAAAUUGUUGCCUUCCGUCUUCUUUCCAGGGUAAUGUUUUGUGUAUGGUUCAAGAUAUCGCCGACUGUCUCGUUUGGGCGAGGGAGAACAGCCACAAGUUCAACUUUGACAAAGUAAGUGAUGCAUUCAAGUUUUACAGUUACAGUAUAAACAUUGUCUGAUAUCAUAGAGGCCAAUUCUAACUUCUUGACUCAACAUUUUCACUAAUAUAUGCAUUGAUGUCAAUGGGAUAUUACGUUGUUAUUAGCCCCUUACUGAAGAUUGUUCAUGUUCAUAAAUGCAAUGUUUAUAUUAUAAAUGCCUGUUGUCUUUUCAGAGGACAAUAUAGUGUUAAAAUACCCCUUUUAUAAGCGGUUUAGAGGUCAUAAACACUAAACUGUAAGUUCAUAUAUCGUUUUUGAAGGUGUACUAAGCAGUUAUAAACACAUUGGUUGAUAUUCACUUCACUGUGUCUGUCUGCGCAGGAUAACAUUGUGUUGAUCGGCCACUCUGCCGGCGCUCACCUAGCUGCUUUAACCGUACUGUUCAUGGUCGAGGGACGACACGAGCUCUUUAUAGAAGCCAACAAGCAGGCAGAGAUCACCAUGGCGAUCAGAGGAGUGACAGGUCAAUGCAUGGCUUAUAGAUUUUUAGAACAUAUCUUAGAUGUUUAUAACAUGAAAUAUGUCUAUAACAUGUUUAUAUAUAUUUAUAAACAUACAAUAGAAUCACUCAACUGACUUUUAAGGGGAUGUAUAAAGUUUGUUGUAUUAUAUAUAUAUAUAUAUAUAUAUAUAUAUAUAUAUAUAUAUAUAUAUAUAUAUAUAUAUACAGUACCAGUCAAAAGUUUGGACACGCCUACUCAUUCAAGGGUUUUUCUUUAUUUUUACUAUUUUAUACAUUGUAGAAUAAUAGUGAAGACAUCAAAACUAUGAAAUAACACAUAUGGAAUCAUGCAGCAUACAUGAUUCCAUAUGUGUUAUUUCAUAGUUUUACAUUUUGCAUUUUACAUUUUAGUCAUUUUAGCAGACGCUCUUAUCCAGAGCGACUUACAGUUAAGUGAGUGCAUACAUAUAUAUAUUUUUUCAUACUGGCCCACCCGUGGGAAACGAACCCACAACCCUGGCGUUGCAAGCGCCAUGCUCUACCAACUGAGCUACAAUGUAGAAAAUAGUAAAAAUAAAGAAAAACUCUUGAAUGAGUAGGUGUGUCCAAACUUUUGACUGGUACUGUAUAUAUAUAUAUAUAUAUAUAUAUAUAUAUAUAUAUAUAUAUAUAUAUAUAUAUAUAUAUAUUGGAUAUAAAUGAAGACAAAUGAAAGUUCCAUGGUGUUUUGUACAGGUCUGAGUGGAGUGUACAACGUAAUGGACCACUACGAGCACGAACAGAUGAGAGGUGUGGAGUACGUUUCUACGAUGCACAAAGCCAUGAACGGAGUGGACAGCUUCCCUUACUAUUCGCCCACACACCUACUGAAGACAUUCAGCGAGGAACAACUCAAAAGGUACGCCGGUACUGCAGCGCUAAUACUGAAACUGCUGGUAAAGUUGACACGAUCUCGUCUGGGUUCUGAUGGGACUUUGAUGUGUUUAAAUACACGGGGGGAAGAACAAAUAGGGGAACGGCAAGAGGAAAUAUGACUUAUUACAUAUUUUCUAGCAUUUAGGCUACAUUUAUUAAUUUUUUUAAAAAUUAUUUUAGUUCUUCCCCCUGUGUGCUCCAUUCUGCAGAGUGGCCUUAUAUACCCAUUACAUCAUUGGGAGUAUACGCUGAGUGUACAUAACAUUAAGAACACCUUCCUAAUACUGAAUUGCCUGUCGAAAGUGUUCCACAGGGAUGCUGGCCCCAUGUUGACUCCAAUGCUUCCCACAGUUGUGUCAAGUUGGCUGGAUGUCCUUUGGGUGGUGGACCAUUCUUGAUACACACGGGAAAAUGUUGAGCGUGAAAAACCCAGCAGCGUUGCAGUUGUUGACACAAACCGGUGCACCUGGCACCUACUAUACCUUUGCCCAUUCACCCUCUGAAUGGCACACGUACACAAUCCAUGUCUCAAUUGUCUCGAGGCUUAAAAAUCUUUCCUUAACCUGUCUCCUCCCCUUCAUCUACACUGAUUAGAAGUGGAUUUAACAAGUGACAUCAAUAAGGGAUCAUAGCUUUCACCUGGAUUCACCUGGUCAGUCUAUGUCAUGGAAAGAGCAGUUACUAAUGUUUUGUACACUCAGUGUCCCAUCGCAACUUUCUUUAUUUCUUUCCAUUCUACAGAGUGCCGCCUUUCUGCUUGCUGCACGGAACCAACGACAUCAUAGUUCCGGUGGCAUCUUCCCAGAGGUUCUCUGAGCUGCUCACCUCCCUGUCAAUCAAGGUGUCCCUGUACCUCAUGCCUAAAAUGGACCACACAGAGAUAGUCACCGAUCUCAUGGCGGCAGACAGACACUUCUACAACACAGUGUACAGCUGCAUCAAACAGGAGUACAGCAAGUUCAUAGGCCAGUUCUGUGACUGCUGA